UCAUAGCAUAAUUUGGCUCGUCCAAUCCUCCAUGUGAGCAAUAGACUCAGUCCGGUUCCAAAACUGGUUCUGGUUCUAUUCUAUCCACUUGGUCCUACAAUGCCCACACCUCUCUGAUAGUUUUCCUCCAGCUCUUUGUUAAAGAGAUCCUCAAUAGUAGAAUUAUAAAGUCCUCUUUCUCCUUCAUAACUGUCCUCCCUCACAAAUAUCUUUCUUCACUUCCUGGGAUGUCUGCAGCUCAUUUUCAGCUCAACUUUUCGAUUUUAAGAGUCAGAAGAUUUGCUGGUUUUAGGGAUAUUGAUCUUGGGGUAGUUAUGCAAUUAAUGUGAACCCAUAAAAAACUCAAAUACUAGCUAGUCUAGUUUCUGGUUUCUGGUUUCUAAUGUUUGAACUAGUUCCAAAAAUUUGCUAUUUUGAAGUAGGUUGAUUUUCUUGAUGAGCCUUUUAUAUAGGGUAGGCUAAGCUUUUGGUUGGUGAAAGAAUACAGCUUGGAUCUUCUUAUGAGUUUACUAUAGAUUGUGAUUUUCGUGAGGGGAACUUGCGGUGAAGAGGAGAAUGAGAGGUGGAGAAGAAGAAGAAAAAGUGAUGAGCCCUAUAUUUUCUAGGCUUUAUGUAAAUGAAACAGAGAAAGGAGGGAUAAGAGGACCUCCAAGGAACAAGAUGGCUCUCUAUGAGCAGUCCAGUAUCCCUAUCUGUUCAGCCACCAUGUUGCCUCUUGCUAACAACAAUAGCAGCAGCUUGGUUCCAUCCACAUCUUGGAGUGAUGUUGGCGCCCAUCAAAGGAGUAUAUUGACUCCAUAUUGCAACUCGCUUGUGCCUUCUCAUCUCUCUGAGAAGAUUCAGUCUUAUUCCUCUAUUGGGACUAAGUUAUAUACUACAAUGACAGAUUAUGAAAGGGUAUCCUCCAAGUUAAAUUCUCAAAGUUUGAGUUCCACAGGGCCAUCGUCAUCUUCAGCUAACUGCGAUUCAUUUAAACCGAAUACUAUCUCCAACUUAAAAAAAUUUCCUUCGAAGAAGUUUGGGAAUGAGGAUGAAUUUAGGUCCCCUAUCUCUUCCCAAGCAACAACCCUGCAUUGUAGAAACAGUCUGCGGAGCAAAGGGAAGGAUAAACUACAUCACUUGAGCUACACAUUGCAACUUAAAGGUGAUUGCAUUGAGAAAAUGAAUGGAAGUAGCACCAUAGAGCUAAAGUCGAGAAAAUAUUUAGGAAACCACGAUGAACAGAGUCAAGAAGCAUGUCAGACUAAUGAGGACCCUGUGGAAAAGUCUAUUUCUCUCACUUUAGCUAGAGUCAGGGAGUUUGAAAAUAUUUCAUCUAUCCCAUCAAAUAGAGUCGAGCAUUUUGAAUCAUUGAAGCGGAAACAUGCAUCUAUGAGUCAAGAAAGUAGAAGCAGUCCAGUGACUGAUUUGAACAAACUACGUGGUCCUAAUGCACACUUCAACAUGGAGUAUUUGCUUUUGCAUGACAGAGAGGCCCUCAAGGAUGACAGUUUCGUGGAAUCUAGAAUAGGAUCAGUUGAAGAAGUUUCAUCAAAGGGGAGAAUGGAAUCAUAUAAGAGGUCAUUUCUUGGAGAUGAAAAUAAGUUUCUGAAUGGGAUUGAAAAGAACAGUGAAAGAAGUGGAGAAAAUUGUGGGGUUGUACGUGUAGGAACUUUAAACAGACGUGAAGCUCUCUCAGAUAUGACCAUGGUGGAGUCUAGUCCAGCUCUGGAUAUCUUCCCUGAUGAUGUCAUAGGAGUACUAGGUGAAAAACGGUUCUACAAAAUGAGGAAAGCUAUUGUCAAUCAACAAAGAGUCUUUGCAGUGCAAUUGUUUGAGUUGCAUAGGCUAAUAAAGGUCCAAAGGUUGAUGGCUGGAUCACCAGAUCUAUUGUUGGAAGGUAGACCACUUAUGAAAAAUCCUGUAGUGAAAAUAUCUGCAGUGAAGAAGGCGCCACUAGAGCGAUCUCAAGAGCCAUCUCCUUCAAUUGUGAAACCCAAAGACCAUGCUCAGAAGCCAUAUUCAAACACUGAAUGUGCAGAGGAAAGUACAGUAGGAAAAUUCCCUCUACCUUUUGUCAACAAUUAUACCAGCAGUAGCGGACUAGUUAUGCAGAAAUCAAAUUAUGGUCAAUACUUGAGGAAAACAUCACCAGCUUCUGAAGCCACUGACAGCAAAUCUGCCCCAUUGUGUUUCCAACCUCCACCUGGAAAUCUGUGGUUAGUUCCAGUAAUGUUACCUUCUGAGGGACUCACUUACAAGCCCUAUACAGGGCCAUGCCCUCCAAUUGGAGAUUUCAUGGCACCAAUUCAUGGUAGCUGUGGCCCUAUACAGAGCCUCGAUCCAGGAAACAUGAACUACUUGAAUGCAGCUUAUGGUGUUCCACUUUCUUAUCAACAAGGGAUGGGAAUUGGUACACCACCUUUGCUUCAGACUUAUUUUCCACCUUAUGCCCCGCCAAUCAUCAAUCAUUCCAGUCAUGAAAACCCGUUAUCUUCUGGGGAAAUUAAUUUCACUUUGCCUCAUCAAAGCUCAUGCACCAUGUCCAGCCAGAUGAGGGAAGUAAUGUCACGUUACAUGGGGAACAUCCGUGCUUCUGUAGUGAGUGAAUUACAAGGUAGUACACCCAGUAGUCCUUCAGACAGGACCAAAGGCGAUGUGCUCCCCCUUUUUCCUACAGCUCCUCAAGUUGAGGAACCUGCUCAAAAUGUGCAAAUGAGGGAGCAUCAGACGCGCGCGAUCAAGGUUAUUCCUCGCAGUUUUAGAUCAGCAACUGAAUCAGCAGCACGUAUAUUUUUGUCAAUACAAGAAGAGAGGAAGUAAUUGUAGAUAGCCACAUCAAGAGAAAAACCGGAAAACUAAUGUACAUGCUUACUUUUAUUAGUUUAUAUAUACCAUAUCAAUGUUUCAUAGUUCUGUUGUGCAAUCUAUAAUAAAAUGUAACUGUAUUGUGGAUC